AUGAACAAAGCGAAUCACUCUACUUUAGCAUGGCUUACGCACGUUUCUGAAAAUCCCUAUCGCUCUCAAGUGUUCUCCUGGUACCGAAAGUGUCUGAAAGCCGCCUUCACAGUUUCAUGGGAGAAAGAUGAGGACGCGUUAUACGUACUCGAGGAAACGCGGCGACUAUUCUAUCAGAAUCGCCAAAUUCUAGAAAUUGAGCGUAUCGAACGAAAACUUCGCGAGGUUGAAAUGCGUUAUGGAUUGGCAAUCCACUACACAAUCCCCUACCCCCGUCCUUUCAAUAAAACCCAAGGAUCGAUGGCGGACAGUGGAGCGUCCUACGCUGCCUACCUCGACUCCUCCUAUGAUCACGCUGUGAACCCGAUGGUGGGGUAUAUUCAAGAGGGUAGCAGGAACUACGGCGUGAUGGGGGGAGGUGUGAGCCAUUUGGAUGAUUACUUUGAAGAUGGUAUUGGGUCAGUGGAUAAGGUGGGGAGUGUGGGGCGAUAG